UUCAACUAUAAACAAUCUGGCAAUGUCGCUGUCAGACAUGGCUGCCUCCUGUAAAACCAGAAUCUAGCCUUUGUUAUUAAUUUAUAGAUCUAGUAAUAGUGUUUUGGACUUUUUGUUUGUUAUGAAGUUUCUUAUUUUCCAAGAGAGAACGGUUUAGGCCAAUGAUAUGUCUGUUACAGACAUAGAGAGCCUCAUUACAAUGAGCAGGUUCCCAAGCUUUGCCUCCUACCUGCCCUUGGUUUUAUAUCUACCAUUGGGCAUAGCGCUAGCUGUGGUCAGGCUCUUCAUAUUUCUUCAUGUAGCCUUGCUCUUCUACAUCCUCCCCACCAGCUUCCCAUUUAAAAGUGUCAUAUUGAGGAUAAUGCUGUCAGUAACUGGUCUUCCCAUCUCAACUCAUGGAAUUCCACAUCCAGCCAAAAGGAACAUUCUAAUAGCCAAUCAUAUAACAAAUUUGGAUCCAUUUAUUUUAGCUGUGCUCUACCCACAUAUUUUGGCAGUAGAAGGUCCGUUCUUAUCAUCAGUCUUGUACUCCAUAUUCUCCAAGAAGUGUGCUUUACCUGCAGACAAAAACCACAGUGAUAUUCUUGUGCUGCUUAAAGACACAAUAAGAGAGAAUGAUGCUCCUCUUUUAUUUUUUCCUGAAAGGAUAAAAUCAAAUGGCAAAAACAAGUUGUUAAAGUUUAGUAUUCUUCCAUUUGAAGUGGAUACUCCCAUUCAGCCUAUUGUUAUUCAAGCACAUAGAUAUAUUUUUGACAUCAAUAUUUCGACCCACAAGAGCUCUGUGUACACAGAUUUACUCUGGUGUUUCAUCCUGCCAGUCAGCCUUUUUACAGUCAAAUUUUUGCCUGUGACAGAGAGAAAGAAAGAUGAAAGCACAGCUGAGUUUACCAGUAGAGUUGAGUCGAACAUGGCCAAAAGUUUAGGAGUCAGCACAUCAACUUCUGGUCACCAUGAGGUCACACAGUUCCUCAAAAAUAAAGCAAACAUUGCUGUAGAGGUCGGUGAGAGAUCCAAGUGUCAAGUCACUGGUCAAGUUGAUCCUGAACUAGAGAGGAUGUUUGGCCAAGUCAAGGACGUCUUACCCGACACCCCCACACACCUUAUUUGGUUUCAUUUAAAACAAACCAAGGAUGUGGACACAACAAUAACAAACAUAUUGGAAGGGAAAGACACAGCUGAGGCCUGCCCUUUACCUCAGUCAUUUAAAGCCAGCAAGUUUGAGGCAGCUGCCAGCGCCCGUCAGCUCUCAUUUGCUGAGCGCAAGCAAGUGAUGCUGGACACAGCCCGACUCAAGUACAGGAUCAAACAUGGACUGGAAUAGUGGCGCAUUGAUUCAAUACAUUCUGUUCUACACUAUUCACAA